GCAUGUGUUGUUUUUGUUUUGGUGCCGAACCUAGGGAGCUCUUUAAAAACGCUUUUAAAACACUGAUCGCUAUUAGCUAAACUUUCUACAGCUUUCGCUAUUUCUAUUCGAAGUGUUUUAAUGACAAUUUUAGCUUUAUAAGGCGAUUUAUUUGUUAUGCGUAGAACCAUAGUUCUUUUUUGAUUCUGAGCAUCGUUUUUGCAUCGCAAAUCCUGUUAUAACAACAUUUGUGCACUGUGAUGUCUAUUACAAACGUUUUCGAACUAACAGGUCAUAAAGACAGAGUUUGGUGUGUUGCUUGGAAUCCUAACGGUACUAUUCUAGCUAGCUGUGGGGGUGAUAAGACAAUCCGAUUAUGGAGCAAAGUAGGUGAUACGUGGAGUUCUGUCGCUGUUCUUACUGACGCUCAUCAAAGAACUAUUCGUAGCAUUGCGUGGUCGCCAUGUGGUUCCUUUUUGGCGUCAACUAGUUUCGAUUCGACAACAUGCAUUUGGGAUAAGAGGAGUGGAGAAUUCGAAUGCGUAGCAACACUUGAAGGGCACGAAAAUGAAGUAAAAAGCGUUUCCUGGUCUUCUUCUGGUCAAUAUCUUGCUACUUGCAGCCGAGAUAAAUCUGUCUGGAUUUGGGAAGUUGGUGAAGAUUGCGAGUACGAGUGUGCUAGUGUUCUAAAUAGUCAUACUCAGGAUGUAAAAUGUGUUCGAUGGCACCCUUUUAAUGACAUUCUUGUGUCGACAAGUUAUGAUGAUACCAUAAAGUUCUACAAAGAGGAUUGCGAUGAUUGGUCUGUCUUUUGUACUUUGUCCUCUCACACUUCAACAGUGUGGUCUGUUGAUUUCAACAAUUCCGGAAAUUUGAUGGCUUCGUGUAGUGAUGAUAAAACUGUUAAAAUCUGGCGAGAAUAUCUUCCUGGGAACUCCGAAGGUAUAGGAACGAUCGGUCGUGAUCCAACAUGGAAAUGUGUUUGUACGUUGUCUGGUUUUCAUGAGCGUACUGUCUACGAUAUUUCCUGGAACAAGUCGAAUGACCUUAUAGCUACUGCUUGUGGCGAUAAUUGUAUCAGAAUAUUUAAAGAAGAUAAUGAUUCUGAUCCUCAUGCUCCUACUUAUAGUCUCGUGCUAACUGAAAAAGCUCAUACUCAGGAUGUUAAUUCUAUUGAUUGGAAUCCUAAAAUUCCAAAUUUAUUGGCAUCAUGUAGUGAUGAUUAUUCCGUAAAAAUAUGGGAAAUUGACUUCCCUAAACAGUAAAGAAUUAGUAUAUUACUUAACCUGGUUGUAAUAAAUCAGAAUAAA